GUCCACUGAACAACUGAAGCUUCCACUCGACUUCCAGCCUUCUGUUCCCUUCCAUUUUAUCAUCAUCACCAGAACAUUGCCGCCCACUGUUUACCUACACCGACGGCACACAUCAACUAUACUACCUCAGCCUCGCCAAUAUUAACCAUUGACUUUACGCGACUUCUACUAGUACUGCCGAUUCAGACCCCGCGUGAACACAGAACGAGCUCAUCACUUUCAGCGGGCGCCACCAUGAACCCCGACCGACAGGCCAUGAUCGCCGGCUUGGGCAAAGGUCGAGACCGAGACAACAAACGAGACAUCACUGCCCCCAGACUCGACAACAACAACCGCAUCUCGAAACCCCAAUACAAGCCCUCCUCGAAACCCAUCACAGGUUCAAACAGUACCCCGGUCGGCAGCUCUGGCCCCGGCAAAUACCUUACCCAGGACGAGCAGUCGGAGCAAUUCGUCGCCGACGAGGACAAGUUCGUGCUCAAACAAGCAAAGAAGAAGGCCGACAUCCGCGUCAGAGAACGGCGCGCAAAGCCCAUCGACUACCUCGCCUUCAACCUCCGCUUCAUCGACACCGACCGCGAUGUCUUUGACGACCACGAUGACGACGUCGACAUCCCCGUGCCCUCUCCCGAGAGAGUCCUCCAGAACCUGAACGAGUCCCAGCUGAAGGAGUUGGAGGAGGAUAUCAAGUCAUACAAUACCCUCGAGACAAACCGCCGCAACAAGGAGUACUGGUUAGCCCUGUCCAUUCUGUGUGACGAAAAGCGAAACAAACUCAAACCACAAGGAGCAGAAGGACGUGCCGUCAACACAGUGGCUGCGGAUGUUGACAGGAUUCUGGCACCCAAGACGUUGGAGCAGUUGGAGGCGUUGGAGAAGCAGAUCAGGGCGAAGCUACAGUCCAACGAGCCCAUCGAUACCGACUAUUGGGAAUCCUUACUCAAGAGUCUGCUGGUAUACAAGGCAAAGGCAAAGCUGAAGCAGGUGUGCUUGGAGAUCAAGGCCGCCCGCGUCGAGGUCCUCAAGGCUAAGGACCCCGAGAGGGCGAAAGCCUUGGAACAAGCCGACGCCCUCCCUGAUGCCGCCCUCACCUUGACCUCGGGCCCUUCCAAAGCCUUGAGCCGCCCUACCGCCUCGACAUCAACACCACUCGCUGCAUCCUCCAGCAAUAGCAGCAGCAGCACCGCCCCGCCCCCAGGCACCGCUCGCUUCGCCUCCACCGGCAAUGAAGACUUCUCCCAAGCCACCAAGGCCCUCUACGACCGGGAAGUCGCCCGCGGCUUCCUCGAAGGCGAAGAGAUCUUCACGGCCGAAGAAUCCCUGACCUCCAACCCCAAGCCCGUGUGGGCCGACAAGUACCGUCCCCGCAAGCCGCGCUACUUUAACCGCGUUCUGAUGGGCUACGAAUGGAACAAGUACAACCAAACGCACUACGACCACGACAACCCGCCGCCCAAGGUCGUGCAGGGGUACAAGUUCAACAUCUUCUAUCCCGACCUGAUUGACAAGACCAAGGCGCCCACAUUCAAGAUCAUCAGGGAGGGCGGGAGACGCAGAGGAGAGAGCUUUGCGCCCGCGGGCAAGGAGGAUACCUGCUUGAUUAGGUUCGUGGCCGGACCGCCGUAUGAGGAUAUUGCGUUUAGGAUUGUGGACAGGGAGUGGGAUUAUAGCGCCAAGAAGGAGAGGGGGUUCAAGAGUAGUUUCGACAAGGGCAUCCUUCAACUACACUUUCAGUUCAAAAAGAAAGUAAAAGAAGCCCAGUGCCAUAUGACCACCGCCUUCUGGAAUGCUGGUCCGGCCUACGGCGAAGCCUUCGGCUGGUCUUUUGGUCUAGGUUCUUCGGUGUCGUGUUCUAUAGGUCGAUAUGGGGCCGCGGAAGCUGCUGCGACCCGUCUGGGCUCGAUCCCUGGUCCCGGUCUUUGGAUGAACUGGGCGCAUUGUCUGAUUAUGAAAGAACACACGAGAGAGCUUCCAAGUGCGGUGUGUUGUGGAAGGGCUGCUACACCGCCAACCGGGGACGACGGGAACGAACACGGGGCACAGAUGAGACGAUUUCAAGGCUUCGUCUAGAAGGGUGGGAAUGAUGCCGUUCCCCGGGUAGACCGGGGCAUCGGGGCUGGAUGCCGGCAGCAUUCUGGUCUUCUGGGUGGAUGUCAUUGUCUUGUCUCGCGACAGUCGAGCGG